UUCAUCUUGUCUCACAAAAGAUACUUGCUGCAUUACCCCUAGUAAACUGCAGCGAUGUCAUCAGACUCUGAGAUGGCCAUCUUUGGGGAGGCAGCUCCCUACCUCCGAAAGUCAGAAAAGGAGAGAAUUGAGGCCCAGAACAAGCCUUUUGAUGCCAAGACUUCAGUCUUUGUGGUACACGCAAAGGAAUCCUAUGUGAAAAGCACAAUCCAGAGCAAAGAAGGAGGAAAGGUCACUGUCAAGACUGAAGGUGGAGAAACUCUUACCGUGAAGGAUGAUCAAAUCUUCUCCAUGAACCCUCCCAAGUAUGAUAAAAUCGAGGACAUGGCCAUGAUGACACACCUCCAUGAACCCGCUGUGCUGUACAACCUCAAAGAGCGUUAUGCAGCCUGGAUGAUCUAUACUUACUCGGGUCUCUUCUGCGUCACUGUCAACCCCUACAAGUGGCUGCCGGUGUACAACCCGGAGGUGGUGUUGGCCUACCGAGGCAAGAAGCGCCAGGAGGCCCCUCCACACAUCUUCUCCAUCUCUGACUCUCUUUGGUUUGACAGCGGAGAAUCCGGUGCAGGGAAGACUGUGAACACAAAGCGUGUCAUCCAGUACUUUGCAACAAUUGCAGCGAGUGGGGAGAAGAAGAAGGAAGAGCAGCAGCCGGCAGGCAAAAUGCAGGGGACACUUGAGGAUCAAAUCAUCAGUGCCAACCCACUGCUGGAGGCCUUUGGUAAUGCCAAGACGGUGAGGAACGACAACUCCUCACGCUUUGGUAAAUUCAUCAGAAUCCACUUUGGUGCCACGGGAAAACUGGCUUCUGCUGACAUUGAAACAUAUCUGCUGGAGAAGUCCAGAGUCACUUUCCAGCUCAAGGCAGAAAGAAGCUACCACAUAUUUUAUCAGAUCAUGUCCAACAAGAAGCCAGAGCUGAUUGAGAUGUUACUGAUCACCACCAACCCGUAUGACUAUCAGUAUGUGAGUCAAGGUGAGAUCACAGUUCCCAGCAUUAACGACCAGGAAGAGCUGAUGGCCACGGACAGUGCCAUUGACAUCCUGGGCUUCACUCCUGAGGAGAAGACAGCCAUUUACAAGCUGACAGGGGCUGUCAUGCACUACGGGAACCUGAAGUUCAAGCAGAAGCAGCGUGAGGAGCAGGCAGAGCCAGACGGCACAGAAGUUGCUGACAAGGCUGCCUACCUGAUGGGUCUGAACUCAGCAGAUCUGCUCAAGGCCCUCUGCUACCCCCGAGUCAAGGUUGGGAAUGAAUAUGUGACCAAAGGUCAAACUGUGCAGCAGGUAUACAAUUCAGUGGGUGCCCUGGCAAAGGCUGUCUUUGAGAAGAUGUUCCUGUGGAUGGUUGUUCGCAUCAACCAACAGCUGGAUACAAAGCAGCCCAGACAGUACUUCAUCGGUGUCCUGGACAUUGCUGGCUUUGAGAUCUUUGAUUUCAACAGCCUGGAGCAGCUGUGCAUCAACUUCACCAAUGAGAAACUGCAACAGUUCUUCAACCACCACAUGUUCGUGCUGGAGCAGGAGGAGUACAAGAAGGAGGGAAUUGAAUGGGAGUUCAUUGACUUUGGGAUGGACCUGGCUGCCUGCAUUGAGCUGAUUGAGAAGCCCAUGGGCAUUUUCUCCAUCCUGGAAGAGGAGUGCAUGUUCCCCAAGGCAACUGACACCUCUUUCAAGAACAAGCUCUAUGACCAGCAUCUGGGCAAGUCCAACAACUUCCAGAAGCCUAAACCUGGAAAAGGCAAGGCUGAGGCACACUUCUCCCUGGUGCACUAUGCUGGCACGGUGGACUACAACAUCACUGGCUGGCUUGAGAAGAAUAAGGAUCCCUUGAAUGAAACUGUUGUGGGACUGUACCAGAAAUCAUCCCUGAAGACACUGGCCUUACUCUUUGCCUCUGUUGGUGGGGCAGAAUCAGAGAGUAGUGGUGGUGGCAAGAAGGGCGGCAAGAAGAAGGGUUCUUCUUUCCAGACCGUCUCAGCUCUUUUCCGGGAAAAUUUAAACAAGCUGAUGAGCAAUCUGCGAAGCACACAUCCCCAUUUUGUGCGAUGCCUUAUUCCUAAUGAAACAAAAACACCUGGUGCCAUGGAACAUGAGCUGGUGCUGCAUCAGCUGCGGUGUAACGGCGUGCUGGAAGGGAUUAGAAUUUGCAGGAAAGGAUUCCCCAGCAGAAUACUCUAUGCAGACUUUAAACAGAGGUACAAGGUGCUUAAUGCAAGUGCCAUCCCAGAGGGACAGUUCAUUGACAGCAAGAAGGCUUCUGAGAAGCUCCUUGGAUCCAUCGAUGUGGACCACACCCAGUACAAAUUUGGUCACACCAAGGUGUUCUUCAAAGCUGGGCUGCUGGGACUCCUGGAGGAGAUGAGAGAUGACAAGCUGGCACAGCUCAUCACCCGCACACAAGCCAUGUGCAGGGGUUACUUGAUGAGAGUGGAGUUCAAAAAAAUGAUGGAGAGGAGAGAGUCCAUCUUCUGUAUCCAGUACAAUGUUCGUGCAUUCAUGAAUGUCAAGCACUGGCCCUGGAUGAAGCUGUUCUUCAAGAUCAAGCCCUUGCUGAAGAGUGCAGAAUCUGAGAAGGAGAUGGCCAACAUGAAGGAAGAGUUUGAGAAAACCAAGGAAGAGCUUGCAAAGUCUGAGGCAAAGAGGAAGGAGCUGGAGGAGAAAAUGGUUUCUUUGCUGCAGGAGAAAAAUGAUUUGCAGCUCCAAGUGCAGGCUGAAGCUGAUGGUUUGGCUGAUGCUGAGGAAAGAUGUGACCAGCUCAUCAAAACCAAAAUCCAGCUGGAAGCCAAAAUUAAGGAGCUGACAGAGAGAGCAGAAGAUGAAGAAGAGAUGAAUGCUGAGCUGACAGCCAAGAAGAGGAAACUGGAGGACGAAUGUUCAGAGCUGAAGAAAGAUAUUGACGACCUUGAGUUAACGCUGGCCAAGGUUGAGAAAGAAAAACAUGCCACCGAAAACAAGGUGAAAAACCUCACAGAGGAGAUGGCAGCCCUGGACGAGACCAUUGCCAAGCUGACCAAAGAGAAGAAAGCCCUCCAAGAGGCCCAUCAGCAGACACUGGACGACCUGCAGGCAGAAGAGGACAAAGUCAAUACUCUGACCAAAGCCAAGACUAAGCUGGAGCAGCAAGUGGACGAUCUGGAAGGGUCCCUGGAGCAAGAGAAGAAACUGCGCAUGGACCUUGAGAGAGCUAAGAGGAAACUCGAAGGAGACCUGAAGCUGGCCCAUGACAGCAUAAUGGAUCUGGAAAAUGAUAAGCAGCAGCUGGAUGAGAAACUGAAGAAGAAAGACUUUGAAAUCAGCCAGAUCCAGAGCAAAAUCGAGGAUGAGCAAGCCCUGGGCAUGCAACUACAGAAGAAGAUCAAGGAGCUGCAGGCUCGCAUUGAGGAACUGGAGGAGGAAAUUGAGGCAGAGCGAACUUCUCGGGCAAAAGCAGAGAAGCAUCGGGCUGACCUCUCGCGGGAGCUAGAGGAGAUCAGCGAGCGCCUGGAAGAAGCAGGAGGGGCUACCGCAGCUCAGAUUGAGAUGAACAAGAAGCGUGAGGCAGAGUUUCAGAAGAUGCGUCGCGACCUCGAAGAGGCCACGCUGCAGCACGAAGCCACAGCUGCUGCCCUGCGGAAGAAGCACGCGGACAGCACAGCUGAGCUUGGGGAGCAGAUCGACAACCUGCAACGAGUGAAGCAGAAGCUGGAGAAGGAGAAGAGUGAGCUGAAGAUGGAGAUUGACGACUUGGCCAGUAACAUGGAGUCUGUCUCCAAAGCCAAGGCAAAUCUGGAGAAGAUGUGUCGCUGCCUAGAAGAUCAACUCAGUGAGAUUAAGACAAAGGAGGAGGAACAACAGCGCACAAUUAAUGACAUUAGUGCUCAGAGAGCUCGGCUACAAACAGAAUCUGGUGAAUAUUCACGCCAGGUGGAAGAGAAGGAUGCUCUGAUCUCACAGCUGUCAAGAGGCAAGCAGGCAUUUACCCAACAGAUUGAGGAACUCAAGAGGCACCUAGAGGAAGAGAUAAAGGCCAAGAACGCCCUGGCCCACGCCUUGCAGUCAGCACGCCACGACUGUGACUUGCUCCGGGAACAAUAUGAGGAGGAGCAGGAAGCCAAGGGGGAGCUGCAGCGUGCCCUGUCCAAGGCCAACAGCGAAGCGGCCCAGUGGAGAACCAAAUAUGAGACGGACGCUAUUCAGCGCACGGAGGAGCUGGAGGAGGCCAAGAAGAAGCUGGCACAGCGCCUGCAG